AUGGCUGGUGGAUCUAUAAAGAAAUGUGAUGCUUGCAAGAAGAAUAUCUCAAAAUCAGUUCUUAGGCUUCAUUGUGGCGUUUGUAAACGCUUCUUUCAUCUUGAGUGUGAGAAAGUUAGCGAGGUCGAUGCAAGGCUUAUGGCAGCUGAAAAAAGAGCAUGGAAAUGCGGCUCCUGCAGAACACCGUUGGCCUCUCCUCUAUCAACACGGUCAGGUGUUGCUGGUAGGAGGUCUAUCCUCAUGUCACAGCUGAUUAACGAUCAAUCUGAUGUCAUUACGGAGCUCAAAUCUCUUAUUAGACAGCUGCAAGACGAGAACUAA